AUGGAUCCAUCUAAACCACUCCGGGAACACGUCGAGGUGGGCAAGGACGGGGUGGAAACCAAAGAAAUCACCCUGCAAGAAACGAGUGAGGCGAUUCAACUAGCCGAGGCCGUCGAGUCUACCAAAUGCAGUCCAUGGACGCCAAACAUGUUUCGUCUUUAUGGCUGCCUGACAAUCGCCUAUCUCUGCGGCUGCUUGAAUGGGUAUGAUGGGUCUCUCAUGGGAGGCGUCAAUGCAAUGACUACAUAUCAGCAGUACUUCCAUAUGAAAACUGCCUCCUCUGGAACUGGCCUCGUUUUUGCAAUCUAUAAUAUUGGCUCGAUCCCUGCCGUCCUUCUCUCGGGCCCCGCCAACGAUCUCCUCGGUCGCCGCAAAGGCAUGUUUAUCGGCGCAGCAAUCAUCAUCGUAGGAACAUGCGUGCAAGCACCGGCCGUGAACCACGGAAUGUUCCUCGCAGGUCGGUUUAUCCUCGGCUUCGGCGUCAGCUUCUGCUGCGUCAGUGCCCCAUGCUAUGUCUCAGAAAUGGCGCAUCCAGUGUGGCGCGGUACCUUAACAGGCCUCUACAACUGCACCUGGUACGUGGGAUCUAUUGUCGCAAGCUGGGUCGUCUAUGGCUGUCAAAAAAUCACAGCAUCCAACGGCUUCCGGAUCCCGAUCUGGUGCCAACUGAUUUCCUCCGUGAUCGUUGCGUUCAGCAUCUGGUUCUUACCCGAGUCACCGCGCUGGCUGAUGGCACAGGAUCGCGUGGACGAGGCUAUCCAAGUUCUCGCACGGUACCACGGCGAAGGUGACUCGAGUCAUCCAAUCGUCGCACUCCAGAUUAAGGAGAUGCAGCAUCAGAUUUCUGUGACUGUGGAGGACAGCAGUAAGAAGUGGUGGGAGUAUCGCGAGCUAUUCAAUACACAUUCAGCUCGUCGUCGGUUCAUUUGCGUUGCCGGUAUGGCUUGUUUCGGUCAAUUAUCUGGAAACAGUCUGACAGGCUACUAUCUCCCUGUCAUGGUGGAGAAUGCUGGCAUUGACUCUGUUAACACGCAACUGAUGUUGAACGCCAUCUACCCGGUCAUCUGUCUCUUCGCUGCUGUUUCUGGUGCAGGACUUACCGAUCGCAUUGGAAGACGACCGCUGAUGAUCUACUCUCUUCUCUUCUGUUCUGCCGCUUUCGCUGUCAUCCUGGGCACGUCAAAGAUGUCGGUUGACAACCCCGACAACGCGAGCGCAGCCAAUACGUCAGUCGCAUUCAUCUAUCUCUUCGGUAUCGUGUUCUCAUUCGGGUGGACGCCGCUGCAGAGAACUGCCGUCGGCAAUUUACUGUCCAACAUCAGCAGCGCAAUUAUCUCCUACAGUUCUGGUCCCGCUUUUGCGAAGUUGAAAUACUAUUUCUACGCGGUGUUUAUUGCGUGGGACCUGAUCGAAACUGUUGUCAUCUAUUUUUGGUUCCCAGAGACUAAGGAGCGCACCCUGGAGGAACUUGAAGAGGUCUUUUCUGCGCCGAAUCCUGUCAAGAAGAGUCUCGAGAAACGCGAUAUUGGCACUGUUCUGCGAACACUUGAAGUCUCAGAUGGCCGCGAUGUGCGAGCAGAGGUUUAA